UUUAGUGCCCGCCCCCGGCAAUGUGAUUCCAUUCUAUUCUACUUUCGUCACUUCAACCUCCUCUCACCAGAAGCUGUUGCCUAACAUAUCGAAUCAACGACUUCACACGCCAUCAACAAUUCCAACAUUCGGCAUCAAACGGCCACAGUGAUGGUGUUUGGCACUUGAGUAGCGACUUUCUUCAGCGCCAUCGACAGCACCACGCGCGAUACCACGAGUUGUCUCUUCGCGACAGCUUUCAUCAUUGUGAUUGACUUCAGGCCCCCAAUAUUCGACUGAAAGAAAGGGCGACGAGUACGACCUUCUUCGCGUCGAGACUGCUCUUGCCUUUCUUCGUUUGCCUCUAUGCCAGCGCCUGCUUCUCUUUAGCGACGACAAGCCUGAGAUCUGAUAAUUCUCAACGACUUUACCACGCGACAUCUUCUCACAAUACUAUCAUCAACAUGCCGACCAUCCUAAAUUCAAAACUAAAUUAUUACGCAAGUAAUCCAAAUGCAAGAAGACUCCUAGCUGGCGUGGGAAUCAUCUUCAUUCUUUAUCUAAUAUUCGGCACUGAGACGAGUCGAUCACUACUGGACGUUGGCUCUUCGAGUACUAGGAUUGCGCCCAAAAUCCAGCACAAUUUCGCGGAUGGACUUGACACGCCUCUCGAUCUCAAUGUCUCACAAUGGGGUGAAAGGGCCAUAAAAGUACGCCAAAUGUCGCAAUGGGCCGACCUUGCCGUCAAGAACCCAGCCGCCGAACGAAAAGCCUUCGAAAAGGCUUUACAGACGCAAUUCCCUUUCCUGGCCGGCACCGAAUCUCUCCUUUACGCACCUUGGUCGACGAAUGCCAAACAAUUCUCGUCUCAAGUCGGCAUGGUCAUCUGCACGGGAUCCAACAACUUCCACCUCGCGGCUCAUCUCAUUGCCAGUCUCCGUCGUGUGCACAAAUCCAAACUCCCCAUCGAAAUCGCUUACUCCGGCGACAACGACCUAAAACCCGAACACCGUACCUUUCUCCAAAAUCUCGAAUCAGGAAUUACUUUCAUCGACCUCCUCGACCGCUUUCCACACGCACAUGACGAAUUGGUCAACGGCGGUUGGGCCAUGAAGCCAUUCGCCCUUCUCGCAUCUUCCCACACUAAGUCUAUGCUCGUCGAUGCAGAUGCGAUUUUCCUGACGAGUCCGGAUUCUAUCUUCGACAUCAACCCUGGCCUCCACCGCACCGGCACACUUUUCUUCCACGACCGAGCCGCACUUGGUGGUGGUGAUGAACGCCGUGAUUGGGUGAAGGACCAGAUUGCAGCUGCAGGGAUCGAACCUUCGCAAUAUCUCUCCACCGAAUCGCUCUUCUACAGCGGCAAAACCUGGUACGAAGCAGACAGCGGUGUUACGGCCAUGGACAAGUCUCGUCCUGACGUACUCAUGGGUCUUAUCUUCGCCACGUGGAUGAACACGAAAAAGGUCCGCGACGAAGUUUCUUACAAAGUCUUUUAUGGAGACAAAGAGACAUUCUGGGUUGCCAUGGAACUGAGCGCCGUUGAUUACUUCUUCCAACCGUGGUAUGCCGGCACCAUGGGGACUAUCACCAAGGAAGACGGACAACCUGAAAAGAUUGAUCUGAAGUCGACCAAGGUCGAAAUCUGCGGCACGCACAUGCUGCAUUUAGAUCAUCUGGGUCAAACGCCGUUCUGGAUCAACGGCGGCAUUUACGAGCACAAAGAGGAUCCGAGUACGGGAUAUUCGACCAUGACGCAUUACUGGGUCGGAGAGACGAGCGAUAUCAGACUGACCCAGCCGCAAUGGUAUUGGGUGAAUGGCAAUACAGGUUGUUUGAGAGAAACGGGCGUCAGGGUCAUUCCGGACCAGAUCAGGAGGAACAUCGAGAAGAUCGAGAAUGAGGCCACUCGCAUUGAUGAGUUGAUUCGACAUAUGUGAUUGUGAUGCAUUUUUAGGUGGCGGUAGGUAUGGCGAUGCACGGCAGGCAUUGAUCCAGUGUUAGAGUACGUACAGACAAAAUUCGGGCGUGAUCAAUAAUGGGUUGAUCCUGGUAGAUUAUCGGCCAGGAACGGUUCGCAGCUUUUCAUUACAGACUGGGGAAAAUGACUAUGAUGAUGAUUGUUCUCAUGAGUUGACUAAGAAACAGCCAUUUCGGUCUAUCUUCUGU